CCUUCUCUUUCUCUCUCUCUCUCUCUUUAUCUGAUAUAUGUACCUACUAUCAAUGGUCAUUUUCUAUCAAAGCACUGUAAUCGCCGCCUUGAUUGUUUAUUUUCAUGCAAAAAAUAGGAAGCAAAACAGCUAGAAGUAGCUCUUAUCUUAGCCCUGCGCUUCUUAUCUUACCCAAACAUAUGGCACAGGUGGAACUGGUCCUCUUCGAACAGGGCGGUCAUACGCUACCAGCACCUGGUUCCCUGUUACUUCUGUUACAAUUUCAAACAACACUACAGUCAACAGACCUGACCCGUGCCACACGCCUCAGCAUGAUAAGAAUGAUAAGGGCUGGCUUAAACUGGGUAACGUGGAGUACUGGUCGAUAGAGUAAUAGAGUGGCUCAAAGAUAAGAGGGAGUAGGGGGGGGGGGAUGCUAGUACAACAACCUGCCGCAAGCACUGUGCUCCUGUUCAAUAGAUCUUGUAGGAUAUAAGGUAUUUUGGAGCGAUAUUUAUCGUUCAGUAGCAAUGAAUGAAAGUACAUUGUUUACAGCGGUACCGGUGCGGUACGUUUACAGCGGUUUCUACUACGUUAACACGAAGCCUUCGUGAACGUAUUAUGUUCUGUUUAUUACGGUUUAGUUUGCUAUUUUAUGCUUCUUUAAACCUCCCGGGGGUUUCUUCAGACCCUGCUAUGAUACCACACCACGACACAAACGCAUGGUUUUCAAAAUGCGCGUGACCCGGGCGUAUCAAAUGCAACGUAAAACGGCAUGUGAUAAUACGAUGUAACAGACAAUAAAAGCGAUAAUCAAAAUAUAAUCACUCGCCCGCCGUACGAGUAAAGCUUCACAGUCUCUAAAGCUUGUUUUUUGCCAACCUGUUCGCAAUCUCCUCCCAAGCACAGCACCUCGCUGCUAUUAUGACAAAGCCAGCCAGUCAGGUGAUAACGGUCCUGCUACACACCUACCUAAGAUCGGAAGCAAUAUAAGCGAUAAUGACUGAAACUUAUGCUACGCGUACAGGUCAUGGUAAACGGCCAAAUCUCGUUCGCUAUUGAUCGAUCGGUGGGCGAAUACCUUAUCCUGAUAGCGAACCGUUAUCAAAAAGCUGGAAGGGGACCUCAACUGCGUUUGGUUUUAAAAUGAGUACACUCCGGUGCACCACGGCAGUUUGUAGUUUGAUCCGGAUUGUUCACACGGUGGUCAGCAGCAUGGCUCACCGUGCUCGUGUAGGCCGAGCACUGCUCGUUGCCUUUAGCGUCACGAUCUUAUGCGGUGCUGUAGUCCCUAGUGCCAACGCACAGCUGCAAAAGUUGAAUCAAAUUCCAAUUGGAUUGUUGGAGCAUCUCAAGCAAGUGUCUCAGUACUGGAACGCAACAUCUGCUACCGAUCAUGCCUGCCUCAACCAGCUGGAUGUAUUUGCGCGCUCUUUCGAUGCCGGUGAACCGUGGGCCCUUAGCAUGUUCGACUCGUGGGGAAAGAACCCGUCCGGCAUACUGUUCGGGAAUGUGUUCGAGUUCGGGAACUUCGACCAGUGUCGUCGUAUUUCCCACCAGGGAUCAUUGACCAGUAUCGGUGGCCAGCACUGUACUCUCUACAUCGAUCUUAGCCGUAUCGGCGUCCCCGUUCCUGCUCCACUACAGUACGGUGUGUGCGUACCGGACACGUGUGAGCCAGCGCUUGUGGCCCAGCUAACGCAGGCGUACUUUGCCGCCAAUCAAAUGUUUGUGGGCAAUGGACCGAUUCUGGAAAAGUUUUGCUACCGCGACGAGGACCGAUCCUUCCCUGCGGUCACUAUUGUAGCGAUCGUUCUUUUUUCAUUGUAUGGAGCGUUUCUGCUCCUGGCCACGGUGGUGGAUCUGUUCUUCUUCUACCAAAAACGGGAUGCUCCCAGCUACGUGAAGCGUUUCUCGCUGUACACGAACCUUGGCCACGUGUUCCGCAUAGUGCCACGAUCGGUGGGCAAGGACGGUGUGCUCGAGUGCGUCAACGGCAUCCGAGCGUUAUCGAUGCUGUGGAUCAUCGUGAAUCACGUGCACGAUUCGGCGUACGGCAUACCGACGUUUAACAUUCCCGUGCGCCAAGAGUACGCGGAAAGCUACUUCGGGGUACUGUUUCACCGGCUCGGUGGAAAAGCGGUCGACAUCUUCCUCAUGCUCAGCGGUAUGCUCGUUGCGCUGAAGAUGCUACGCGAACUGGAGCGAACGAAAAGGCUAAACGUGUGGGAGCUGUGGCUGCAUCGUAUCGUCCGUCUUACACCCGCCUAUGCCGCACUGAUUAUGUUCGGUAUCGCUUUCGUGGACGUUGUCGGUGAAGGAAUUCUCUACAAGCUGGUCGCCGAGGAGCUGCUGACCGCUUGCCACAAGAGCUGGUGGUCUGCGCUGCUGUACGUACAGAACUAUGUGCAUUACGAGUCGAUGUGUUUCGUGCACACGUGGUACCUUUCCGUGGACAUGCAGCUGUAUAUCGUGUCGCCGCUGCUCAUGUACCUGCUGUGGCGCUAUGGGAAACGCUUCGUGCCCGUCAUAGUGCUGCUAGCGAUGCUUUCGAUCAGCUGCGUUUUUGCCACCUUCAUGGUGAACGAGUACCGGCUCAACCGAGCCGCACCGAGGGGAGAUGGCCUGAUGCCACGCAAAACCUACCAUCCGACACAUGCGCGCAUGUCGGUGUGGUUGUUCGGUGUGCUAUUCGGUUACCUGUUGCACCGUACCCGGGAGGCGCGCGUGAAGCUAUCCAAACCGGCACUGGCACUCGGUUGGCUGUUGACGAUCGCGAUCCUCAUUGUGACGGGCUACUCCUUGAAGCAGCUGUACAUCGGUGACUACACGCGCAUCCUUCCCAUUGCGGACGCAUUCUACGAGUCGCUGCAUCGAUCGUUCUGGGCCUUUGCGGUGAUGUGGGUGAUCUUUGUGUGCGUUAACGAGCAGGGUGGCAUCGUAGAUCGGUUUCUCGGCUGUCCACUGUGGCAACCGCUGUCCCGGCUCUCCUACUCGAUGUAUCUCGUGCACAUCGCCAUACAGGCUAUCACGCUGACACAGGCUCUUCGGUUUCCGGUCGAGUUUACGGUGGUGAACAUAUUUUACACUUCGUUUGGGCUCAUUGGCAUCAGUGCUGUCAUCGGCACGGUGUGGUGCAUUGCGUUUGAGUAUCCAUUCUUCGGAGUAGAAAGAUACAUCUUCAAGAGAAAGAGAGCUUCGGAUUAAAGAU